CUCGCGAGAGCCACGCCCUUUCUCUCCCUCGCGCACGCCGGCAAGAUGCCUUCCAGGCUAAGGAAGACCCGGAAGCUGAGAGGACACGUCAGCCACGGCCACGGCCGCGUGGGCAAACACAGGAAGCAUCCUGGAGGACGUGGUAAUGCCGGUGGUUUGCACCAUCACAGGAUUAACUUUGAUAAAUAUCACCCUGGUUACUUUGGGAAAGUAGGCAUGAGGCACUAUCACUUGAAGAGAAACCAGAAGUUCUGUCCCACUGUCAACUUGGACAAGCUGUGGACACUGGUCAGUGAACAGACGAGGCUCAACUAUGCCAAGAACGAGGCCGGACUGGCCCCGGUCAUCGACGUUGUGCGCUCGGGCUACUACAAAGUGCUGGGCAAGGGGAAGCUGCCCAAGCAGCCUGUCAUUGUGAAAGCAAAGUUCUUCAGUAGAAGAGCAGAGGAGAAGAUCAAAGAAGUUGGUGGUGCCUGUGUGCUUGUGGCAUAAAAAUUUUUGUUUUAUUCAAAUUUUUUGAAUAAACAAUGCAUAAAAUGA